GUCUUUUAAUUUCAUUUGUGAUUUUUAAGUAUGCUUGUUUCUUAUGAAAAAACUUUUAAUUUCAAUAGGAUUUUACUGACAUCUACUUCAGAGGUGUAUGGCGAUCCUCUUGAACAUCCCCAAAAGGAGGAGUAUUGGGGAAAUGUUAACCCAAUUGGAGUUAGGAGUUGCUAUGAUGAAGGGAAGCGUGUAGCAGAGACUCUGAUGUUUGAUUAUCACAGGCAACAUGGCAUAGAAAUCCGCAUUGCUAGGAUUUUCAAUACUUAUGGGCCACGCAUGAAUAUUGAUGAUGGGCGAGUUGUCAGCAAUUUCAUAGCUCAAGCACUUCGGGGUGAAUCCUUGACGGUCCAAGCUCCAGGAACACAAACCCGAAGUUUCUGUUAUGUUUUUGACAUGGAUUUUAAUCAAUUGUGCCUAAAUUUAGGCUUACAAGCACUUCAGCCUUUUGACACC